AUGCCGCUCACCUCGCCAGCAGCGUUCACGAUAUCGCGACGCUUUAAAAUAUGGAACCGGUUCCGAUGUGAUACAGGCGUCGCUGUAAGAAGACGACGCCGUCAACAAGAUGCACGACGACUGGAGUUAAUUUUGCAAUCGAUGGUUGUGCAACGAGUUGGUGGUGCUGGGACUAGGAUCGAUGAUGUAAGAGGGUGGGGGUGGCUGGAUGCAGUGGUGGUAGGCGUCGCUGUAAGAAGACGACGCCGUCAACAAGAUGCACGACGACUGGAGUUGCUUUUGCAAUCGAUGGUUGUGCAACGAGUUGGUGGUGCUGGGACUGGGAUCGAUGAUAUUUAUGGUUUCGCCGGUACACAGAUCGCGGCGAUUCGUGACAUCCUUCUCUCUGCUCACUACGGCGAAGGCGACAGCGAGGGUUGCUAUGAAAUUGACUCCAGUCUAGUGCGAUAUGGUGUGGUGGAUCUAGGUAGUGGCGACGGGGGUGGAGAUGCUUCAUCUCCUCUCAUUCCAACUGGAAGCUGCCGCUAUGAUAGCUCCUUGAGUACUUAUGUUAUUUUCCAUUUUGGAUUAGCUUUUCAGGCUUUAGUUGUCAAAAUUUAUUGUUUAUGUGCUGAUGUUUAUAUGGAUUGUCUCAGUCCAAAAGUAUUGGGCCAAGGUCUCAAGCCCCCAUAUAGACCAACAACAAUUACAAUUCUAAGAGGUCACGGGAUGCCGCUAUGCGAGAAGGAUUUACUCACAGGCGAUGAACUUCUCUCGGACUCAUUUCCUUACAAGGAAAUCCAGAAUGGUGUUCUCUGGGAGGUCGAGGGCAAGUGGGUUGUUCAGGGAGCAGUCGAUGUAGACAUCGGUGCAAACCCUUCUGCUGAAGGUGGUGAUGAGGAUGAGGGGGUUGACGACCAAGCUGUGAAGGUGGUUGACAUUGUUGACACAUUCAGGCUCCAGGAGCAACCUGCUUAUGACAAGAAGCAAUUUGUUACGUACAUGAAGAGGUACAUCAAAUUGUUGACACCCAAGCUGGAAACCGAGAAGCAAGAGGAGUUCAAGAAGAACAUUGAGGGAGCAACUAAGUUCCUUCUCUCAAAGCUCAGUGAUCUCCAAUUUUUUGUGGGGGAGAGCAUGCACGAUGACAGCUCCCUCGUCUUUGCUUACUACAAGGAAGGAGCCACUGACCCGACAUUCUUAUAUUUCGCCCAUGGUUUGAAGGAGGUCAAGUGUUAG